UUUGUGUGUCAUGUGACCAACCAACCAGCUGAUUGUAAGGAUUUUCAGGCAAUCAUAAUACGAAAAUUAUCGUCAUUAAUUGCAUUCAGUUUGUUCAUUUAUUUAUUUGAAAGUUAAUUUUAAUCUAGUGAAUCAAUACUGAAGCUGUUUAUACCUUGAUUGCGAAAAAAUGACCAGUGAUGACAUCGAGGAGAAUGAUUCUCUGCUUGCGUCUAUUGAAACUCAUUUGGUUAUUUCAUCAGUGAUUCGGAUAUUUUUAAUUUUUUAUGGAUGGGUUCAUGAUCAAAUUUUUCGCUUACAAUAUACUGAUAUCGAUUAUAUUGUGUUUACCGAUGGUUCUCGUUACAUGAAAGAUGGACGGUCCCCAUUUCUACGUCAUGGUUAUCGAUAUUCACCGUUAAUUGCUUUCCUUAUGCUUCCCAAUGUUUAUUUAAUGCCUCUUUUCGGUAAAUUUUUAUUCGCUGCCUUGGACAUCGUUACCGGUUAUUUAAUUUACAAAAUAUUAGUUCAUCCUCGAGUAAAAUUGUCACAAUCUAAAGCCUUGAUCUCAUCCCUUAUCUGGCUUUAUAAUCCAUUGCCUAUGAUCAUCUCAACUCGUGGUUCAGCUGAUACUUUGAUCACAUUCCUGGUUCUUGGAACAAUUUAUUUCAUUCUCUCUGGUCAAUAUAUAUACUCUGGUCUACUUUAUGGACUUGCCAUCCAUUGUAAAAUUUAUCCCAUAAUAUAUAGUCUUCCUAUUUACUUAUUUUUGUCUGGGUCAACAACUAGACUCUUUUCCAGUCAAAUUUUAUCACCUUUCAACCGAGCCAAAUUAACCUUUUUCUUCUCAUCUUUUACAACCCUUGCGUUGAUUACAUAUGGUUAUUAUCUAAGGUAUGGUCAUCUUUAUUUGAAAGAGGCUUGGCUCUAUCAUAUAAACCGAAAAGAUGACGCUCACAACUUUUCUCCGUAUUUUUAUGCCUACAAAACAAUCCGUGAUCAGUCAAUUCUUCGACUCCAGGAGUCGGACUCCUAUCAUACAUGAUGUAUGUGGCAUUUAUCUCUCAAGUCAUGUAAAUUAGGAUAAGAUGAUUGAUUGUAGAAUUUUAACAACUGAAUCCAAUAAUUUCGUUUUUUGUCAAAAAGUCGAAUAGGUUGCUGUUUUGAUAAAAUUUUCCUUCGUCGCUACCAGCCAUGAAUUAAAAUGCUUUAAGGAAGUUUCCAUUUUAUGUUUUGCGUUAAAUACAGUUUCAUCUUGAGUCUUUAUUUUUCUAAUCAGUCUUUAUUAUUGUGUAGAAGCCAAGAUCAGGAUAUCAGCUUUUAUUUUAUGCGAAACCUUUUGCUAUUUUCAUGAUAUGCAUGGUAAUUCUCAAUUCCUCUACCUAAAAAAUAACACUCUAUUGAAUCAUCAACCGAUUGAUUCACUUUGCAAACAAUUCCAAUUCUCAUUUCAUAGCAAAUAUAUAUACAGCAUCUAUUUUGCUCUUUUCAUAUAACCUAGUUUGUUUUUUAAACUAAAAUAACUUUUAACACAGGUGAAUAUUGAUUCAGCCCCUUGAAUGGAAAAUUUGGCAUGUAAUAGUAUUUUUAUUCCAGAUAUAAAUAAAUGAUAGCAAGUAAAUAAAAUUAAGUAUUUGUACAGAUGAAAGCACAUUAUAAAAGACAUUCAAAUUGGAGAAAAGGUAUCAGUUUGAUUCUCAAGCACAUAAAUUUAUUUUAUUUCAGUUCAAGAGAAAUUAUAUAGAUAAAGUUAGAAUGGAAUCAACAAAAAUUGUAUCGCUCUGCUUCUUUAUUACUUUCAUUGUUUUUUUCGGCCUGGUUGGUGCUCAAAGCAAUGAUAAGUAUAAAAAUUUCCUUGGAUCUUUUUUCGGUAAUCCAUCGGGCCAACUGAGCAUCUAAGGAAGAAAUUUUGGUAUCCUUGCUUUGAUUUCUGUCGAUGGUAUUUGGUCAAUGUAAUAGAAUGUGUAUCCUAAAAAUAAAAUAAUGUUAAAUUAAA